CCUAAUAAGAUGCCUGCAGCAUCACAAGCUUGGGAGCUUGACUGCAUGGAUCUCACGUAUGGAGAGAACAACACACUGAACUUCCGGUCACCGGUGAGCGCGCCGCCGACAAGUAAACAACAACUGCACCCGCCUCAACCCGGGCGGCUUCUUCCAUCUGUCAGCGUUCGUUAAGUAGCUCGCCAAUCGCGACCGACUCAGUCCCUCACAAUGUCGCUGAACAGCUAUGUCGAAAAGAAGGUGUGCAUCAUCACGACUGAUGGCCGCAACUUAGUUGGCGUGCUCGCGGCGCACGACAACACCACCAACCUGGUCCUCAAGAACACGGUCGAGCGCGUGAUCCGGAGCCCCGACGAGGGCGAACCGUCAGUCGAGGUCCCGCUGGGCCUGUACAUCAUCCGCGGCGAAAAUGUCUGCUUGGUGGGGCUGGUCGACGAGCCGCUGGACGCGAGCAUUAACUGGACCGAAGUGAGAGGCGCGCCGAUUGGGACGACGAAGCACUAGACUGCUACCUCUCCCUUUACGAGGCGGGUGAAUGUGAAGACGGCGGAAUGAGGAUUGAAAAUCCCGGACCACGGUAUGGGACAUCAGAAGCUACCUAGUUAGGUACCUAGGCAUGGACCGCAUGGCCAGGUUUGCCGGAGCAUUGGAG